CUUUCAUACUCUUUAUUAUGCUGAUUGUGUUUCACACUUGGCGGUAUAUUAUGUGCAGAAUUUCACUAGAUGGCCACGUGCGCAACAACCGCAGUCAUCUGCUACGUACCAGUUCACCAGGAACAUGAUCAUCGAUCGCAGUCAUCGUUCGUAGUUUGAACAGAUCGAAUGUUCGUUCUUCUGUUAGAUCUUGACCACUUCGGAAGUGGGCCGGUGUGAUUCUGUCUAUCCUAAAUUCUAAUAAAAAAAAGUGUGCAAUGCACCCAAUAUUCGGCCGAUACAUCAAAGCCCAUGGAUUCGCUAUUGCCAUCGCUGCUCUCACCUUCGGGUGCAUCUUCGCAUCGGACAUCAUGCUGGCGAAGAAUGGUCUGAAGCAAGCACGCCCGCUGGAUGACAUCGCAGCUGAUCGAACCACCGACGCCGCCCCCGCCGCCGCCACCGUCACCACUCGCGAGACUUACUUUCGAGUGCGUCCCUUAGGACAGCUGAUUUUCUCGUUGGUGUGGGUACUGGCUGGGACAAUAUUCCUCAUCGGGUUGCUGUUCGAGAAGAAGGAAACGAUUUUUCCGUUCGCGACCAUUUUCUCCAUCGAUUGGAGUGUUAUUCUGAUUCAGUACCUGACCAGGCUGGAGCGAAAAAGCUUCCAACAGCUGAUCCUGUCACCGGAUGCCGUCGUGUUAGUUGUAAUCCCCUUGUACGUUGGGUUCACCUUGGCAGUGUUGUACAAACUGUUCGACAGCCGACAGUCAGGAAUGGAAAACUUGGCCUUUGACGACUUGGAGAACGGUCAGAAACCGGUCAAAUUUUCGCUGGGAGAAGAAUUCGACGACUCCUGGAUAAGCUAACUCGACGUGGUGUUGCUUCACAAUCGCACUUAAAAAGACCAUAGCAACCAGUAUUAAAUCUUCAAUCAUUUUGUAAAUACGAUUCUUCCGAAAAUAAAAAAAAAAUUAACAACACAAAACAAUUGCUGUUUAAAAAGAUUUCGGUACAAAGAAACAAAUUCCCUUACAACAAUGCUGCUGAUCUCAUUGACGUAUUCCGAGCAACGAUCAACCAAUCGGCCAAUACUAUUAUCUCGAUGUCAGUUCGUCUGGCUCCCUCCCGUCCGUUCCAGCUGCUUCAGCUAGUGGCAAGAAGAAACAACAAACUGGACUGAUAAGGAGUUCAAUUUUCCUACACAAGAACAAAAUCAACUUGUGAUUUGAUGAACAUGCGACUGAGCCCUAGAGCAUCAGUUGAUCUGCGCAGCCAACGGUGAUUACAUCGGUACAGUUCGAUUCAAUUGAAAAUGGAGCAAAAAUUGAUCCGAUUCAUCAAAUUUCAUGGCUACCUGUUCUUCGGUUGUGCUCUGUUCUUCGCUCUUCGAGAGUUGUGGCUACUCACGAUAAAUUCACUGUUCUCGAACCGUCGCUUUUGGAUCAAUGAACAAGAAUCUCUCACCCGUAGUUACCCGACGGUUCGGUGGAUUUUCGCCCUACUCUGGCUAGUGGCUCUGGCGGUCAUGUACACCGGUAUGCGGUGGGAGGAACCUGAGUACCUUCGACCGGCCAAAUAUUUGUUUUCGAUUGAGAUUCUGAUCGUACUGGUACAGGAUUUCGUUCGUUCCAUCAACAAUGAGCCGAACGAACGACUGAUCCUGAAUGCGGAGUAUUUAUUUUUCUUCAGCGCGAUCGUCAUCUAUGUGCUGUAUACGUUUCAAACGCUGGGUUCGUUGUUCAAUAACCGCACGGCUACUAUCGUGAACAGUCCAAGCAAGGUGCACAUAGUCUGCUGUGAGAGUUCGGCACUGUGAGUUGAUUAGGAUGCGGUUGUUGAGGUUAUCCAAAUCUGGAAGACUUUUUUUUUUAUUUAUAUUUUUAUAUGUUAGAUAAUUUAAUACAUACAUUAACCACAUUAAGGGUAA